CUCUCCCGAGGUCGGUUCAUGAGAGCCAGUGGAAGCUCUUGGCGGAAUUGCGUCACUUGUUUCCUGCCUCUUAUCCACCCCGUGAGAUUGUCUCCGGCGGCAGUAGUCCGGCGACAGUAGUGUGGUUGACAGAGGUAGUUCCCGGUCUCAGGCUCAGCAUGCGGUGCACUAGCCCAGCUAUCCUAGUGACCUUUUGCGCCCUGCUUUGGAUCUCGAACCUAGUGCAGGCGCAGGACCAGGAUACCGAUACGCAGUUGGAGGCUGACUGUGAAGUAUGUAAAGCGUUCUUAAACCGAUUCUACAACUCCUUGCUCACCAGAGGAGUAGACUUUUCUGUGGACACCAUAGAGGAAGAGUUGGCCAGCUUUUGCUUGGAUGCCAAAGGAAAAGAAAGCCACCUGUGUUAUUAUCUAGGAGCCAGCAAAGAUUCAGCCACCAAGAUCCUAGGUGAAGUCACACGUCCCUUGAGCGUGCACGUACCCAUAGUGAAGAUCUGUGAGAGGCUGAAGAAGAUGAACAGCCAGAUUUGUAAGCUAAACUAUGAGAAGAAAUUGGACUUGGCAUCGGUGGACCUAUGGAAGAUGAGAGAUGCAGAAUUGAAGCAGAUCCUGCACAGCUGGGGGGAAGAGUGCAGGGCCUGUGCAGAGAAAAAUGACUAUGUGAACCUCAUUAAAGAACUGGCCCCCAAAUAUGUAGAGAUACACCCCCAAAUAGAGCUCUGACUUCAGCUAUCAGUGCACAUGGACUGUAGUUAGAGCAAAACAACUGUCUAAGUUGUCUAAGUAAUAGAAGUUACUAUUACUCAUAUAAAGGAAAUUCAUUCAAAGAAUACAAAUCAAGAAUCCACAA